AUGACUACCGAAGAAGAUGUAUCAAAAUAUUUUAAAGGUACUCAUGAAGUUCAAGAAUGUAUUGAAGGUCAAUGUGAGGCUCAUUUAGAUCUUUACAAGAAAGAGUGUAAAAAAUCUCAUGCAGGAUUUAUUCCUGUGACUGUGUUAAGCACUGAAGAUUUUCCAGCUAACUACCGUGACAUUGACUUGUAUAACUUUACCAAAGCCCUAGCUGACCUAACGGUCAGGGUAGCGGUGACCUUCACCAGUCCAGACAGACCAGAGUUUGUACCAGGCACUACAGAUCCAUAUCCUUGCUACAACACCAGGGGACAGAACUCACUAAGGACAGGGACGGGGAGGGUAGGAGUUGUGACCAAAUACACAGAGGGAAUGGAUUACUACAGAACUUGUCCAUGUCCUGAUUGUGACCACUCGGACACACCCAGCAAAGUGUGGUGGGAGGUUGGCGUUGUGACAGCUACGCAUGUGGUUUUUGAUUCGAAUGAAGCGAGACAGUCCAGGUGUAGGUUGUGGUUUGAUGAUGAUCAAAGUCCAGUGGUCAAGAUUUAUGGGUGUGAGGUGUACGUGUCAGACACCGAGAAAGACGUUUUACUGGCACCACGUUGA